AUGAUCUCCGGCCUCGUCCUCUCGCUUCUUGUUGCGGUGGCCUCUUGUGCUACCAGCACCGGCGUUGUCCCUACGGCCCCCGGUCCCGGCGAAGCCUUCAAGGAGGGAGGUGACUGUCCUCUCUCGUGGAACUUGGACACCACUGGCAAGUGGACCAGCUUUUCCGUCGACCUCAUGUCUGGCUCCAACAAUGCCAUGCAGCUCGUCACCAGUGUCUUCAAGAACAAGGACGGCACAAAGGGCGAAACUUCCUACACCUGGAAGUGUCCCGCAGUCACCCCCAACUCAGCCAUUUACUUCUACCAAUUUACCCAAGCCGGAGCCGACACCACCUGGACUACCCGAUUCGCCAUUACUUCACCUUCGGGAGACGUCACCCCACCUGCUAACUCAGCUCAACCUAAUGGCGGAGCUCAGAUCCCCUGGGGGAUCGGCCAUCUUGUCGGUGCUGGCGCCGCAUCCGCUCCUGCCAACACGCCUACUACCGCCCCAUCUGCCACUGCGAACACCACUGCGCUCAAUACCCCUUCGCCCGCCACCGGCACCAACACCACCAACGCGACUACAGGUGCUACAGCUGGUGCUGCUAACACUUCGUCUGUCGGCACCUCGGGCUCAGCCGCUCCAGGCUCAACUCCGGGCUCGCCUACCGGCGCCUCGUCGAGCGGCGCGAACUCGAAGACCCCCUACAGUAUCCCCACCCCCUCGGGCUCUAACCACGGCUCGAACAACACCGCCGUUCCUACCACCAGCGAUGCUCGCGCCCUCACUCUUUGCAAGAGCGCCGCCGCGGUCCUCUCGUUGGCUGCCGUCCUCAUCGUUGCUUGA